GGACGUCAUCAUGAUCUCCCCUCUCUCACAUCCACAGGCUUUAUCAUUACAACGCAGUUAAAGUGCAGCCUCUGUACAGUCACUUAGAAUAACAAUAAUGUGCUCCGUUAUUUCGUCCUAGCUUACAACAGCAGCGUUUGGUGUUUUAGUGACAGUUGUUCCAGUGGUUGAAGGGGGACACGGCUUCACCUCCCAGCUGCAUGCUAACAGUAGCCGUGUCGGAGGGUACAGUCAGUGCGCUACAGUGAGCAUUCCGCCGCUGCUAGCUAAACUGUGCAGCUGUUGACAGGCGGCGGCGACUCCGCGCCGACUGCGCCGCUUCCUCCGUCCAAACCCGCCGGUCUAAACAUCCAAGAAGACGGGGGGGGGGGGGAGAUGAACGAGCUGGUGAAGAGUUUGCCUUCCCCGACUCUCCCCGGGCUGCACCUCCCGUGUCUGGACACCUACAAGGGCUGGCUCUUUAAAUGGACCAACUACCUGAAGGGCUACCAGCGGCGGUGGUUCGUCCUCAGUAACGGCCUGCUGUCCUACUACAGGACUCAGGCAGAGAUGGCACACACAUGCCGGGGUACCAUUCCCUUGGCAACAGCCCACAUCGAGGUGGGCGACACCUGCCACUUGGUGUUAACCAGUGGAGGUCGUAGCUAUCACCUGAAGGCCACCUCCGAGGGAGAGUGUCAGAGAUGGGUGUCAGCCCUGCAGCAGGCCAAAGCCAACGCCACGCUCCUGAUACAUCACUCAGAUGACUCCGGAGAUGAAGCCCCUGUACCUCAGGAGGACCGUGCCCUAACCCAAGGGGUGCUCAAGACUCUGGCCAGUAAGCUGGAUGAUCUGAGCACCUGUAAUGAGCUGAUAGGAAAGCACGGUGCCGCCCUCCAGCGCUCCCUCAGUGAACUCGAGGAUCUGCGUGGUUCCACUGACAGCACAGACAAAGUGAAAACUGUUAAUGAGCGAGCCACCCUCUUCCGCAUCACCUCCAAUGCUAUGAUCAAUGCUUGUCGUGACUUUCUGGAUGUGGCAGAAUCUCACAGUCGGAGGUGGCAAAAGGCCCUGCAGCAUGAGAGAGAACAGCGUCACCACCUGGAGGAGACCAUCGAACAGUUAGCCAAACAGCACAACAGCUUAGAGAGAGCCUGGAGGGAGAAUCCCUCCUCAUACACAGAUGUGGAGCAUUCUCAGGAGGGGGAUGCGAGCGAUGAGAAUGACGAGGCAGAGUUCUUUGAUGCCAUGGAGGAGUCCCCUGCGUUCAUAACUGUGACUACUGGUGAUAUACAGCACAAGCGCUCAGGAAGUAAUCAGAGUAUGAUGAGUGGAGGAGUGCCCAAUGACUGGACUCACAACGAGAAUGACACCUCAACCACAAACCACAUGCAGCUACGAAGAACAAGGCGCAGUCGUAUCCCCGACAAACCAAAUUACUCUCUAAACCUGUGGAGCAUCAUGAAAAACUGCAUCGGCAAAGACCUGUCCAAGAUACCCAUGCCUGUAAACUUCAAUGAGCCGUUGUCAAUGCUGCAGCGUCUGACUGAGGAUCUGGAGUACAGUGAGCUUCUGGACCGGGCAGCUCGCUGCGACUCGUCGCUGGAGCAGCUGUGCCUGGUGGCUGCCUUCUCUGUCUCCUCCUACUCCACCACAGUCCAUCGUACAGCCAAACCCUUCAACCCUCUGCUGGGGGAGACUUACGAGCUGGACAGACUGGAGGAGUAUGGUUAUCGCUCCAUUUGUGAGCAGGUCAGUCAUCAUCCACCAGCUGCUGCCCACCACGUGACAUCACAGCGAGGAUGGACCCUGUGGCAGCAUAUUACUAUCGAUAGCAAGUUUCGUGGGAAAUAUAUUUCCGUCGUGCCAUUAGGAAACAUUCACCUGCAGUUUCACUCGAGUGGGAACCACUAUGUGUGGAGCAAAGUGACGUCAACUGUGCACAACAUUAUUGUUGGGAAGCUCUGGAUUGAUCAGUCUGGGGACAUUGACAUCGUAAACACCACCACCAAAGACACCUGCCGUCUCAAAUUCUCCCCCUACAGUUACUUCUCCAGAGAAGUCCCACGUAAAGUGACAGGAGUGGUGGAGGACAGAGAGAGCACAGCCCAUUACAUCCUGUCAGGGACCUGGGAUGACAAGAUGGAAAGUUCUAAAAUAGUGGAUAGCAGCCAAGGCUGCGGAGGCUCUGAAGGCAAACAAAAGACAGUUUAUCAAACUCUGCAACCCAAACUUUUGUGGAAGAAAUAUCCUCUGCCAGAUAAUGCAGAGAACAUGCACUUUUUCUCCUCGCUGGCUCUGACCCUGAAUGAGCCUGAAGAGGGUGUUGCUCCCACUGACAGUCGUCUGCGUCCGGACCAGCGGCUGAUGGAGGCAGGUCUGUGGGAUGAAGCCAACGGCCAGAAGCAGCGUUUAGAGGAACGUCAGAGACUGGAGAGGAAGAGAAGGGAGGCACAAGCUAAUCAGGCCCUGGAGGAGGGGCAAGACAUUGAGGGCUACAAUCCACUGUGGUUUGAGAAGAGGACAGAUGACAGAACAGGAGAAAGCACCUACACCUACAGAGGCGGCUACUGGGAGGCCAAAGACAGACAGGACUGGAGCCAGUGUCCUGACAUCUUCUAGGACAAAGUUUGUCUCACACUUUGGUGUCGGACAGGCUACAUGGUUUCUUGUGACGUAAAAAUUCCUGGGACUUAUGGACAGUUGUUUGUGUGAGUUUGGGCGUGUGUGGGUGAGUGAGGCACCUAUUCAUUCCUAGAAUUUCAAGCACAAAAACCCCUGCUUUCACUUUAUAAAUUACCUGUUUCUGCUCUGUGUUUCCAGAAUGCAUGGCCUCAGUUUCUGUGUACGCUUCACCACUACAGACAACUAAUUUAUGGAAGUAUAGUGUGUAGAGUUCUUGUGUGCCUGCGUAUAUGUGUGUGUGACUGGGGAACAGAUUUCUUCACGGAAACACUCUUCUCUGAGUGUGUACGGAAUGACUUGGGGGCAAGGAGUGCUGUGGAUGUUUUGGUGCGAGCACUGAAUGUCUUGUUUUCCUCCAAACCGGAACAAGUUGUUCCUUGUUGGGCUCUGGCAGAGACACCAGGCUUUUAAAAGCCUUUUUCUGUGCUAACAGGCUUUCUCUGCAGAACAUUUAUUGAUCCUCCCCUCAAUAAUCUUGGGUAUUUUUUAUUACUCUGUUUCUUAAAAUUGCACAGACUGUAUCUUGAAGGAUUUAAAGUUAACACCUGCCUGGGCUCUAAAGAACAACGACUAAACCACGAAUACCAAAGUAGAUGUCAAUCUCUUUGGAUGGAUGGAACUGACUGGGGAACACCAGGAUGUUUUACAGGUAACCGCUGCUUCUCCAGUGAUCUUGAAGUCACGUUUCAUGUUCUAUUAAAGGUGCACUCCCCUAGUUUUACAUGUUUAAAUUAGUAGAAACAGAAAGCACUACACACCCCAUGAAAGCACUUAUAUGUCUCCACUGGCCUGGAGCUUUAUUGAGUUACUAAAGGAACAGUUUUGCCAGGCUGAGUCUAGCGUUUUUGGAGCUUGACACAUACCAGGGUCUAAAAUUCAGGAUAUUGCUGCUUCUGCUGCAUGCGUUUUAACAAUUCUUUUUAAAAUUUGUCUCUGGCGAAUCUACCCUCUAACAAUACUGAACAACAUCUUUUAUGAAGCUGCCAGACUUUGUAAAAGUGCAAUAGGCCUUGAAGUACUUGAAGGCAUUCAUCUUCAAAUAUCGUAACACUCAACCAUGAGAGUUCCACUAAAGUAUAAAUCUGCUCAGCCUGGGCUUUUCCUCAGCAAGGGAUUAUAUUGGUGCUUGAUGGUAAUUUUAGCCUUAAUUGUGUAAUUGAGUUGUAAGUCCCUAGUAACUACUACACUGACAUGAAAAGAUUUUGUACAGAUUAUAGCAAUCUGGCAGGCUAUUUUUUUCUCUUGAGGAAACUUACAUGUAUACUUGGGGGUGUUUUUUUGUAAUAUCAAGGUUUAUCCACUUGGUAAGUAGCAACAAACACGUCCCCCCCUGUUUAACACUGUUAGCAAUGCAGAGCUCUAUUAGGGAUUUCUAUCUUUAAAACCUGUGUUACUUUAUUUGCAUAUGUCAGCAAUAACACAAGCUAUGGUUCAUGGUCAGAGAGGUGUUUGAUGCAGCCCAAAUAUGAUCUUAUCGUAACAGUAUUCCAUUAAAUGAUUGAUAGCUGUGUGAAAAAUUGGAUUUAUAUAUAUCAAUGAAGGGCCAGAACACAAUUAAGGGAAGGCUUAACAAUAUAUUUUGUGUGCAAACAGGCACUGAUGUACAUUAGUAGUAAAUACAUACACUCUAUAACCAAUAAUUACCUGUUUAUUUAUAGCUUACUGUGUAUUAAAACAGGGCAUGAUGCACAUGUUUGACUACCGAUUGGUUUCGGCCUGUAUAUAGCAAGAAUAUAGUAGAAAUAGAACCACCUCAUUUAUAAACUCUGUAAGGAAAUAUUGUUUCACAUUACUUGAAUAAUCAUCUUCUGGUCACUACUUAAUAAUCUCUAUUUGUGUAUACAUGAUUGAAAAUGGAGUGAAGAUUGUAUACCAGUAAAUGAGACGUUGGGGAGAUGAAAUAAUGAAUCUAAGUUUAUAAGAAACCAUACAGAAUAUUUGUGAUGCGAAUAAGAUGUUGUUCAAAAAAGCACAAUAUUGUGUUCACGUAACAAUACAUAACUCAAAGGUUUCCAUGACAACAUAUAGCUAUGCAUGGUUUUAGAGUGCUCGUGCACUUCUGUAGUGAGAAGCCUCUUCACCUAGCUAACUGUUUGUGGAUUCUUACUGAAACAUGAUGUGAAUUCACCUUUUGUGCCCAAUUACCUCAGAAAUUUUUAAUUUUUGAGCUCAAAUAAAAACAUUAAAGCUGCCA